CUGAGAGUCCCGACCAGGUGACCACGGACCACUCCAAUCUCCACCCGGUUCCCAGCAAACCCUAACGGGAAUUAAACUAUUCGGAGAAAGAAAAGAACCUAACCAAACCACCGAGACCAAGAGUGACCGAGAUCGAGGCGGAGACGGAGAUGCAUAUGUGCAUUCAAAAUUUUCCCGUUAAUUAAUUUUUUAUUUUUUUUUAUUUUCUCUGUUUGAGCUCGUCUUCUAGUUCUGGAUCAUUACUGUCUAUCGUCCUCUCCGCCAUUCCUUCCUGUUCGUUAAAGCAGCGGCCGGGAUUUCCUGAAGUCCCGCUAACUUCAAAUGCAACCCACAACCCCACAAUAACCCAACUUCAACUGACCAACUGAAAGCUCAUACAUUCUCUCUUAGCUUCCAAUGGCUUCGAGGAACCAGAACAAACCUCCUCUACCCAACGCUCCUCCUCGAAGUCCUUCAAAUAAGAAAGAUAGCAUUGAUGAGGUUCCAAUAGACAAGCGCAGGAAGAUUGGAUCAGGAAAGAUGGUUGGACCAGCGACCACAGGUCGAACACGUCAGGCAUUCUCAGUGGUGAAUGCCGGUCAAGAUCCUGCGGUCACUAGCGAUUAUAUUAGCAAUGCGAGCUCCGAUUGUGGCGGAAUUGAAUUUACAAAAGAAGUUGUUGAAGCCCUCUUGAAUGAGAAGAUGAAAGGGAAGAACAAAUUUGAUUACAAGGGGAAAUGCGAGCAGUUGACUGAGUAUGUAAAGAAACUUAGGCUUUGCAUAAAAUGGUUGCAAGAGCUAGAAGAAAACUAUCUCCUUGAGCAGGAGAAGCUAAGGAAUAUGUUGGAAUCUGUUAACAUAAAAUGCGCUGAAACCGAGGAGCAAAUGAAAAACAGGGAGGGGGAACUGAACUCUAUCAUAGUGGAGUUGAAGAAAGAUUUUGCUCUUUUACAGGAGAGAUUUACAAAGGAAGAAUUGGACAAGUUGGCUGCAAUUGAUUCUCUUAAAAGAGAAGAAGAGGCCAGAGUUGCUGUCGAGAAGGUGCGUGCUUCUUUAGCUGAAGAGCUUGAAAAGGCUCAGCACGAGCAGUUAACUGCAAAUCAGAAGAUAGCAUCACUUAAUGAUAUGUAUAAGCGGUUGCAGGAGUAUAACACAAGCUUACAACAAUAUAACAGCAAACUUCAGACAGAGCUUGCAACUGCCAAUGAGACCCUGAAACGUGUAGAAAAGGAGAAGGCUGCAAUAGUGGAGAACCUCAGCACAUUAAGAGGUCAUUAUAAUUCGUUACAGGAUCAAUUAAUUUCAUCUCGAGCUUCUCGGGAUGAGGCUAUCAAACAAAAGGAAGCUUUGACAGCUGAAGUGGGAUGUCUUAGGGGAGAGUUACAACAAGUAAGGGAAGAUCGUGAUCGGCAACUAGCACAGGUGCAGGCUUUAACAGCAGAAAUUGUGAAGUAUGAAGAAAGCACUGGGAAAUCUUCUGCUGAGUUAGAUAAGCUGAUAGUAAAAUCAAAUGCUCUAGAGGAUACAUGCUCCUCUCAGCGAGAGCAGAUACAAAUAUUGCGCCGCCAGCUAGCAGCUGCAAAUGAGAAGUUGCAGAGAGCUGAUUUGUCAGCUUUGGAGACAAAGACUGAAUUUGAGGAGCAGAAGAGAGUCAUUCAUGAUUUGCAAAGUCACCUGGCAGAGGCAGAUUUUAAAAUUAUUGAAGCAGAAAAGCUUAGAAAGAAGUUGCAUAAUACCAUACUGGAGUUGAAAGGCAAUAUUCGAGUGUUCUGCAGAGUACGGCCUUUAUUGCCAGAUGAUGGUGUUGGGGUGGAAGUUAUUUCAUAUCCUACAUCACUUGAAGCCCUUGGACGGGGCAUAGACUUGCUACAAAGUGGAUCAAAACAUGCUUUCACCUUUGAUAAAGUAUUCUCUCAUGAUGCCUCUCAAGAAGAUGUGUUUGUAGAAAUCUCACAGCUGGUUCAGAGUGCGCUUGAUGGCUAUAAGGUCUGCAUUUUUGCCUAUGGGCAGACAGGUUCUGGUAAGACAUAUACCAUGAUGGGUAGGCCUGAAAAUGCAGAGCAGAAGGGUUUGAUUCCUCGUUCCUUAGAACAAAUAUUCCAAGCAAGCCAAUCUCUUACUGCUCAGGGUUGGAAGUACAAAAUGCAGGCUUCAAUGUUGGAGAUAUACAAUGAAACAAUUCGUGAUUUGUUAUCACCAAAUCGUUCAGGUCCCGAUACAUUACGUACAGAAAAUGGUGUAGCUGGAAAGCAAUAUGCAAUUAAACAUGAUGCAAAUGGCAACACACAUGUUUCAGAUCUCACCAUUGUAGAUGUUUGCACCAUCAAAGAGGUUUCCUCCCUUUUACAGCAGGCAGCACAAAGCAGGUCAGUAGGGAGGACCCAGAUGAAUGAACAAUCAUCAAGAAGUCACUUUGUCUUCACAUUACGCAUAUCUGGAACUAAUGAGAGUACUGAACAACAAGUGCAGGGUGUGCUAAAUCUCAUUGAUCUAGCAGGCAGUGAGAGACUUUCUAAGAGUGGGGCAACUGGUGAUCGGCUUAAGGAAACACAGGCUAUUAAUAAAAGUUUAUCAUGCUUGAGUGAUGUUAUAUUUGCCCUUGCCAAGAAAGAGGACCAUGUGCCAUUCAGGAAUUCAAAGCUUACAUAUCUUUUACAGCCAUGCUUAGGGGGAGACUCAAAGACAUUGAUGUUUGUCAACAUCUCGCCUGACCCAACCUCUGUUGGUGAGUCUCUGUGCUCACUUCGUUUUGCUGCAAGAGUGAAUGCAUGUGAGAUUGGGAUCCCUCGGCGACAGGCCAACUUGAGAGCUCCGGAUUCUCGGUUGAGUUAUGGAUAGAACUUGCCUUGUGUUCUACCAGUGUGAUUCUUAUAAUCUGACUUUAAUUGUGAAAAGAAAACCGAAAGGGUUUUCCAGUGCUGCGUGUAAUUUGUAUAGUGAUUAGUGAAGGAAAUGGUUGUGUUUGUAUCAACCGAAUGUAGUGCGUUCUCCUCGAGUGCAGUGAUACAUUGUAUUUCUAAGGAUGUGUUAUUCAAGCUGAGAAUGUUUUUCUACUCGUAUAUCUUGAUCUUUUGAUCAAAUGCCGCAAAUUUGUUGAGCAGGAGUAUUUGCAUUUGCCGUUGUCCCUUCUUGAUGUUCGUGUUCUAUCCUAUGUAAACCUUACAUUUUGAUUUUAGUGGAUCAGAAUUUCUAGUUCA